AUGUUUGCUUAUGAAUGUUACUCAUUGCGUUCCUUGAAAACAGGUGGUUUGAUUGAUAUCCCAGCAGCCGCAUUUUAUUCAUGUUAUAAAUUAACUAGCAUAGACUUUACAUCUUUUACAUCAAUUGGUGUCAGCGCAUUUCAAUAUUCUGGUAUUGAAUCAAUUACAAUUCCAGCAAACUGCACUAUAAUUAAAGAAAAUGCCUUUGACCAUAGUGCUCUAUCAAAGAUCACUUUUGAGGCAAGAAUAACAGGUAUUGAAUUAACUAUUAUGUAUUGCGCAUUUUCAAAUACUUUACUCUCAAGUAUAUCAUUCCCGGUGGAAGUAGAAUUUGGAAAUGAUGAAUUGGAUGAGAGUCAUUGUUUGGCUAAUUGCAGCAAACUAGAGAGUAUUCAUUUUGAAGAUGAUUUUUAUAGAAUUCCAGCUUAUUUUGCGAAUUUGUGUACAAAUCUUAAGAGUGUUGUUGCAAAAGGUGUAACAACAAUUAAGAGAGAUGCAUUUCAUUUGUGCAUUAAUUUGGAAACUGUAACGUUUGAUAGAGUGACAUAUUUUGGUGCAUACUGUUACAGUUAUUGCUCAAAAUUGAAUAUGCAAUUUGAAGAAACACUUGAUGUAGAUUUUUAUACGAAUGCCUUUGAAUUUUGCGAGUCGCUCUCAUUUAGUAAAGUAUCAUCCAAUUGGAAAUUACAUGGUAAUGAAGUAUUUAAAGGAUGCAGUGGAUUAACCGCCCUAAAAAUUGCUGCACCACUCGUUGAAUCUACAUUCAAAGGUUGUAAAGAACUUAAAAGUGUUGAAAUUUUAGAAAACAUUACUGAAAUCCCCAGUUAUUGUUUCAAAAACUGCACAAAAUUAACGAGCUUUAAAUACACAAAUGGUCUCAAAUCUGUUGAUGAGGAAGCAUUUGCUUCCACUAGUUUAUCUGGAACAUUUGAUUUCACAGAUAUUUCUAUUGGUGAUUUUGCUUUUGAGAGUUCAGAAAUUGAAGAAGUCACCAUUGGAAGAGAAAUAUAUGAUUAUGUUUUUCGCAAUUGCACUAAAUUAAAAACGGUAUAUAUUAAUAGCAGCCAAUUUAAUCUUAGGUCAUUUAUUAAUACUUCUUCCGACAUUGAAUUCAAAUUGGGUAGUGGCGCUGAAGAUCUUAAAAUUGAGGGUAACAUUUUAGUCGGUUAUCCGGAAUAUAUAAAACCAGCGAAAAUUUUGACUGCUGUGCUUCCCAACUAUGAUGAAAAGUCUCUGACAAUAUCUAAAUUUACUCAUAUUUCUGAAUAUGCAUUUUCACUCUGCAAGAAACUAUCAGAAGUCAUUGCAGAUACUAAUAUUUCCUUCUAUGAAAACAAUUUUGCAUAUUCUAAUGUCGAAACAGUUGAAAUAAAGGAUUGCGGAAAUUUAUUUAUUCCAGAUAAUACAUUUACAAAAGCACACUCUCUCAAGAAGGUUAUAAUUUCAGCAAAAAUACUAGGAAUUGGGGAGGAAGCAUUUUCUGAUUGUUAUAAACUAAAGACUGUAGAGUUACCUUCAUUUGUUAAGGAAAUUCGAGAACGUGCAUUUUUCAAAUGCUAUUAUUUGAAAUCAAUAGAUAUAAGUAAUGUUAAUUUAAUUCAUUCCGAAGCAUUUAAAUAUUAA